CAAAAACACUCGCCAGAAAUUUGAACAUGAGUUCCUGUUCAGAGAUAGCAAUCCAUAUUUUAUCAAAAGAAGUAGAAAAGGGAUCAAAUUUUGUGUUUUCUCCUCUAUCCUUUCAGUUCACAUUGAGCCUAAUUGCUGUCGGCUCAAAAGGGUCUACUUUGCAGCAACUGCUAUCCUUUCUUGGAUCAACAAGUACAGAAGAGCUGAGUUAUGUGGCUUUGCAGAUUGCCAAUUCAGUAUUAUUGCCUGCAAAUGAAUGUCCGGACAUCACAAUGGGUCCUAUUAUGUCAUUCCUUAAUGGUGCUUGGGUGGAUCAAAGGUUUGGACUGAAACCUUCUUUUGAGGAAGUACUCAAAACUGUUUACCAUGCCACAGCCAAAGAUGUGGACUUUGCAAAUAAGGCGGAUCAAGUAAUAGAUGAAGUCAAUUCAUGGGUGGAGAGUGCAACAAAAGGACUCAUUAAAACCCUCCUCCCACAAGAGUGUUUAGACAGCAAUACAUCUCUUGUUCUUGCAAAUGCACUCUACUUCAAAGGAGCAUGGGAUCGAAAAUUCGACGAAUCUAGAACUCAACAAAAAGAUUUCUACCAACUCGAUGGCCAGACUGUUCAUGUUCCUUUCAUGACGAGCAAACCAUAUGAAAAACAUCUUUACGGAUCAUUCAAUAGCUAUAAAAUUCUCAGAUUACCUUACCAAAAUGGCCAAGAUAAUAGAAAUUUCUCCAUGUACUUCUUUCUUCCAAAUGCAAAAGAUGGCAUACAUCACUUAAUACAAGAAUUCAAAUCAAAUCCUGAAUUUUACAACACACAAUUUGAUUUACAAGAAGAAGAACUUUAUGAAUUUUGGAUACCAAGAUUCAAAUUCGCAUAUAAGUUAGAAGCGUCAAAUACUUUGAAAGAACUUGGAUUGACAUUACCUUUCAGAAAGACGGGUGAAUUCACAGAAAUGGUUAAUUUUCCGGAAUCAGUUGAGCUGUCAAAAAUAUACCACGAGUCAUGUGUUGAAGUAAAUGAACAUGGAACUGAAGCUGCAGCUAGCACUGCUCCUCAAUUUAGAUUGUGCUGCGGCAGGAUGGAUCCUCCAAAAUUUGUAGCUGACCACCCUUUUAUGUUUGUGAUCAAAGAAGAAAGGUCUAGUGUUGUGUUUUUCAUUGGAGCUGUGCUUAACCCUCUCUUGGUUUCUUGA